GUUGUGUGAGCUACAUGUGCUGAUUGUUUUGUAAACAUUGGGGUUUCCCACUCAAUAAAUCAACAUUAUCUGUGUGAUUCAGCCGGAAAAACUAUCAUUUCUCUAACCAGAACAAGGCACGAUUUACCAAGGUCAAAGACAGCUACCGCUUUACUCGAGGAUCUGGACAUGUUUUGCAGGUUGUUGUUGGAUGUUUUGUAGUGGGACUAGGGGUGGACUUCCACAUCAUACUUGUAGAAGCAGUCCCCAGAGAAUUAAUGUUGUGGUUUUAUUGUCCGAUAUCAGUAGAAAGGUCAACCACGUGACUUCACACUUGACCCUGACCAAACUGGGUUGUGGAAAGUCUACUGUUCGGGCUCAGUCCCCCAAGGAAGUGCUUGUACCACCAAAUCAGGACAGCAUGAACAAGUCAAGCCUUAGUCUGCCACCUCCUGCGGGGCAGUUCCCUUUGCCGGGAUCACCUCAGAUAGCGAAUUCUUCAAAGGAAAGUACACCUGCGAGGAAGAAAGUUAUGUUGCAGCCGGGCCAUUCCCUCAUGGAUUGGAUCAGGCUUGCCAACAGUGGUACUGACAUGACUGGCAUUGGUGGCCCGAUGUACCAGGUAUCCCCUGAGGAAUUAGCAAAGCAUAACAAGGAGGAUGACAUCUGGAUUGCCAUCAAGGGUCUUGUGUACAACGUGACACCCUACAUGGCCUUCCAUCCUGGCGGUGCUGACCAACUCAUGAGGGCAGCGGGUGCUGAUGGAACAACACUCUUCAAUGAGGUUCACAUGUGGGUGAAUCAUGAAUCGAUGUUACAAAAGUGCUUCAUUGGAAAGCUGAAAGGUGGUGCCUUGCCCAACGCGAGUAAAAUAGUUGCCGCUAGAGUUCCCCAAGUUCGAAAAUCUUCCACGGGCUCUGGGAGUUCUUUUGGUUCAGAUUUUGCAGUACCAGCUGUUCCACAGACACCAAGAUAUGAAUGGUUUCAGAACGCUGAUAAAAUAAUGCUAGUAGUGUACACGAGAUCGAGAUCUGUCGAGCAGCAGCAUGUGAUUAUAGACAGGAGGGGACGUGUUAUAGAAGUAUCUGUGAUUCUUGGAGAAAAUAUCUAUAAGGUCUGUUUAGAAUUGGAAGGUGAAACUAAAGGGAACCCAACAGUCAACAUAAACAGAAGCCUUGGAAAGGUGGAAAUUGUUCUCACGAAAGAGAAGGUGAUCAAGUGGGGCGAAAUUGGAAAAGCCCAGCCAGGGAACAAUGUCUUAGAGAAAAUAGCUACGAGAGGCCCCUGCUACCGAGACUUAGCCAUUGAGAGCAUUGAGCGAGUUACCCAUGACACGUCCCUCUUCUGUUUAAUGAUGCCUGUGGGCGCCAGAAUGAUCACACCCAUAGGAGGACACAUUUAUCUAAAAUGUGACUUUUUAGGAACUGAGGUGGUCCGACCGUACACAACUGUCUUGCCGUCAUUAGAUAAGGAAAUAGAUAAAAGAUGUCAGGAUGGAACAGUUAUUUAUCUCAUGAUCAAAAUAUACAAUGAUGGCGUUUUUACACCAAAUCUCGGAAAAGCAAACGUGGGUGAUAAGUUUUCUGUGUCAAACUGGGAAUGCAGCUUUGACGAGACUAAGCUCACUGACUCUUCUGACUUGAUCCUAUUAGCUGCUGGCUCAGGAUUUACUCCGAUGGUCCGUCUCAUCCAUCAAAAGAUCCACUUGGAGCAGAGCGACUGUAAAGUAAAACUGAUGUUUUUCAACAAAACUAUUGAUGACAUUCUGUGGAAAUCACAGUUGGACCAGUUAGCACAAGGCCACAAAAGCUUUGAGGUGCAUCAUAUCCUUUCUAAAGCAGACGACAGUUGGUUGGGCACAAGAGGAAGGAUACGGAGAGAACUCCUAGAACCAUUCACUGCCCUCUUAGGCAGUGAGAGGAACGUGCUUGCAUGUGCGUGUGGACCAAGAGCUUUUACUGAUGAAGCUGUGAGGUUGCUUGAAGAACUCGGACUCAAGAAGGACCAGGUCCAUGCGUUCUUAUCAUGAAAGAUAUCUGACAAUCCUCACACUAACAAAUGAAAAACAAUACACUUAUCUCUAACACAAGGCCAGUAUUAGAGUAUUAUAAAGCUUGUAUUACGUGAUUGUUCUGUGAUACAUUUUGAAGAAUAUUUCAUUCAGAAAUGAUUUUUUUCAAAGGCCAUUAAUGUUAAAAUCAAUCAUUGUUGGGAUGGAUUUUGCUGACUGUGCAAUUUGAUAAAAUGGGUGAAGUUCCAUUGCUAAUUUGAAGGUGGUAUCAACUACCUUGUGUUUCGUCCAACUCCGCCUCAUAGUGUAAUGGGAAAGUCUUUUUACAAUAAUGUUAGUGUUAUUAACUGUUGUAUACAUAUAGUCUAAUGAAUUAUAAAUGGAUCUGUGUUGAUGUUUUUAAA